AUGCUCCGACUUCGUAAACUUUCGUCCAGCGUAACAGGUAUUUUACAGUUUUUGGUAGUUAUUUUAUUACCUAAAUGUCAUCGUACUGUUAAAAAUUUUUAUGUUGAAGUCGAUAGUCAAAUACUGCUUGUUGAACUGUUCUUCCUUGAAAGAAUACUUCUAAAUCACCAUCCAAUAAACGCAUUACUAUGAUUUAUUAGAUUUACUGUCGACAUCACUGUCAAGAAAGCGCGAGACCAGUGAUGACUUUAUGGCUGCCAGAUAUCCCCUCCAUUUGGCUGUGACGAUUGGAAACCUAGUCCAGGUCAGACAAUUAGUCGAGAAAGGGAUUAGCCGCAUCGAUGACGAAGAUGAAAGAGGUAAUACUUACAGGUUAAUUUGCGAUUGUUGUGACUUUUUGAUGAAAAAUUUAAAAAGUGAUUUUAAAAACUUAAAAGUUACAUAAAACAACCUUUUUAGCUAAAAAAAUACCCAUUUCCACCCGCCCUGUGUCGGUUAAAUCCAAACCCUUAUUUUUCACAGGUGGAUACCUCCUCUCCCCUAGAAACGACCCUGGUAGCAGUUAUAAUAGUCAUUCAUUAUAUCAGCGAGAGCAACCUCUUAUAAUCUGUUUAUAUCUAUAACAUUUGAUAAAGAUGCCUUUAUCGGUAGUAUAAUAUUAAAACCUUUAUCUAUAAUAUAUUAUUAUAACCUUUAAAGGUCAAAUUGCACUUCACUUGGCAGUGUUGUCGCCAGAUACUGACAUCACCGAGUAUCUGAUAAGGAACAAGACUUGUGUCGACCAUUCUGAUUACUUCCAGUGUACAGCGUCACAUUUGGUGGCCAAGUACAACAAGAUGGACCAGUUCAACUUGUUAAUGGCAGCCGGUGCCGACUUUACAUUAAGGGAUCGGAGCGGGAAAUCAGCGUUUGACGUUGUCUGUGAGUUUGGGGGAACACCCAUGCUUUUGAAGCUCAUAGACAACGGUAUUCUGAAGAAGAACUUUGAGAACGAUAGCGUUCACACUUUACGACAACACUCUGCUCUACACUUGGCGGCUAGAAACGGACACGUUGAAGUAACUAAUUUUAAUUUGAAAAGUGUGCAAAAUUACAUAGUCUUGCUAUAAUUUAAGAACACAAUCAUCCACAUUCCUUUCAAAACAUUUAUUGUAUUUUAGGUAUGUUACUAUUUGAUCACCAAUGGAUUCCCCAUCAAUAUCAGAACUACGCGCGGAUCAGCCUUACAUGAAGCUAUCUCUGAAAAACAAAUCGCUGUGAUCACAUUCUUGCUUAACGUACGUUACAUAAAUUUUGCAGUAGAACAAAAAAUUAUUAUACUAAAUGAACAACUCUUCCUACGUCUAUUUUUGCCUUACUUCAACUUCAAAUGUAAUUCCUCAAACAUUUUAGCACCACAUUGACCUCCGUAUAUCUGACAGCCAUGGUGUCACAGUGGUGGACCUGUUUGCUCAGUUCUGCGAUAACCGCAACAAAUUCAGCACGGAAUUGGGUCUGCUAUUGCGGAGUAAGGAUUAUUUUAAACCGUCUUGAAUAUGCAAAAUAAGAGGCCUUCGGAAUAAUCGAGCCGCCUGAGAACAAAAAAAGCGACCCGCGCAAUUGGGUGGCCUCUCUGACAGGCUCUUCGAGGGCCAGCAACAACUGGUGGGUGCCAGUUGCAUUGCUAACCACACAGAACCGGUAUCCAGCCGAGUUCGGAUGGUUUCGUUUUUCGGUCAGCUGCCAAUCGACGUAAGAGAAGAUUCUCGACUUUCAUCCACAAAUGCUUCCAAUUCCCGACUUUCACCGAGAAAUGCCCGAGAUUCUUCAUUUCUCAAAUGUUUGAGAUUUUCAAGUUUUUGUUUUCAACUCCAUUUGAUCUGUCUUUAAAGAUCGUUAAAGCAUUAAGCGAAUUGAUGAAACCUUAAGCCCGUCUCUGUAGUCAUUUUACGGCGAAAAAAAGACUGGCGGAACCAUUAAAGCCUAAAAUAUGUUGCUCCGUAGUGCUGCGUUUAGUUUUGCAAUUUUAAAUCUGAAUUUGACUUUAUAUUGUCAACAGUAGAUUUAAAAACUUUAAAAUGUGUACGUGACCGGUUUGACGUGAAAUACUUUUAAAAUUUGCAAAAUUUAAACCUAGCGGCUAUUGACAAAAAAUAUUACUUAUCUGAAGAAUCUGACUACUUCUUACUUUUGUAUAGCAACUCAGAUUAGUAACAUCGCACAUACCCAAUAUAGAGGUUUUGCCAUUUGUUUUGCGAAUACCUUCACUUUACUUUGUAAUGUUUUUGCUACAGCUGCGCGCAAACAGUUCAUCUGAAUUUUGGCUUUUUCCUCUCCGAAAAUGGUUAUCAAUGGGGGUUCCCGCUGCGUAAGGCUACCUUCUUUUUGCACACGUCGCUUUCCCGCUACUUAAUUCGUUACGAGUAAAACGUAAUUAGCAUAAGACACAAAUCAUGUCUUCAUAAAACAGGGGCAGGGGGAGCGCGCCAAGGACGGGCGGGGGCAGGGAGGGUAAUGGACAGAGUGAACGUCGAAGAGUAAGAUCCACUCGACGCUCGAUCUCCGCGCUUUUUAUGCCAGUUUCGUGUUAAUAUUAAUUUAUGCAAAUUUUCGCAAGCGAAAAACACUACUACAAUCGUAUAAUUUUAUGAGUUUGUUGUUGUUAUAAUAGUAAUUUGGGCGGUUUUACGUUUACGCAGGUUUUUUCAACAAGUCUUCUUGUUUAGACGAAAUGUCACAAAAGUUCGAUCGCAAUUUUUAGAAAACAAUAUUUUGCUUUUUUAAAAGAAUUGACCAAGAAAAUGUUAUUCUUUUUAUGUUAUAUGUUAUUUCUUGCUCCUUAUAUGAUUAUAGCUCUAAACCCUCGGCCGAAACGCCAUUCGUACUUUCCUAAUUUGCUUAUUUUAUGCGAACUCUCGUUUUUAUGCCUUUUAUAUGAUAGGAAAACAUCGUAAAAACCGCCGCAGAUUCUAAACAUUUUAUGUCUGCCUGAGGUCAAAUGGGAAUUGGGGGAGUUUCGGACACAAGAAAUCAUGUUUAAUACAUGUGAUGGGCUUUCGAAUCAAGUCUAAUAUGUUUCAUUGCAGGCUAUCCACGGAGAACGUAUGCCCAGGCUUUAGUCGAUUACUACGAUCCCGACAAUCCCGACGCCCUCGCCUUUUAUGAACACCAACUCAUUUGGGUAGGUUGGUUUACCGUAUAUUUUGGCUGUCUUGUAGAGUCUCCGCGCUAUAUUAUAGUAGGUCAAAAUGUGAUAGAAAACUUAAAAGGACGGAGUUUUUUUUGAAAAAGAAGAGUUUUUUUACAUAUAUUUUUACCUAAUUAGCACAAGUUGAAAGCUUAUUUUCAUCUAACAGUGAUUUAUUUUAUCAACAAACAUAUAUAUAUUGUUAGGUUAAAAUCUCUUAAUGUGAAAAAACUAUUCUUACGCGCGUGUAACCUAACAUGACUUUAUGUGAUUGUCUUCUGCUUAACACAAAUAUAAAAUGUUAACGAGCUGGCGACCGUGUUAACGAGCCCAACCGUGACUACUCGCUGAUUUAAUUUAAACAUUUAUGCAUAAAGUUAUAAGGCUUUCCUUUUGUGCUUCCGUUUUAAACAUUUCACGCCUCCGGGCUUUUCCAAACCAUAUUUAAAUUUAAGACGUCUAAACAAAGCGAAGGUGGGUUGUGGUCAAGGGAUUGGUUUUGCGCCUCAAAAGUUCGCUCAAGGUUGGUCACUAACACGAGAGGGGGGGGAGGUGACUGAAUGGGUGUUCGCUUUUCUCUCCGGAAAUAUCUUUAUUCAGAUUGGGGAGUGUAUGGGUUGAUUGCAGAGGAUACCAUUGUUUUUGAAUAGAACAAGGAAGGGCAUGUUUUUGCAUUUCGUGGGAGUUUAGUACUAUAACAUUCUCAAGUUGGACUUUAUUUACUUUUACUCCAACAUCUUUCGAGGUUUUUGUUUAUCCUUUUUUGUAAAUUUACUUUUUAAUUUCUUGUUUGUUAUAGUAGCCUUUAAGUUGUUUUCCUCUACUAAAUUUCCCUUUUUUAAACCAUCAGGCCUUAAAAGUUAUUGAAUAGAUCAUACCGUAACAUAGAGCCAACUAAUUGUAGAAUAUAUGAAUAUAUGUUUCUAAUUUAAUUCUUUGUUUUUUAAAUUGAAGAAGUCAAAGUAUAAUAAUAUGUUGCAGGUUAUCGACAACAACAGUCCAGUGUUUUGGAAGGGAGUUAUUUUCGAAGAGUUCGGUUACUCACGGGCGGGAGUGUUUCCCCCGGAACUGGUAGUGAUUGUAGAUAAAAAGGGUUCAGGUAAUUUUGGUUAUAUUUGCACAUGUUGUUAGUCACCACGCUAUUGGUGAUAUGCAAACAUGGCUUUUGUAAUUUGUUUUCAGACAAUAAUCAAAUUUAACAAUUAAUUUGCUUAUUAUCACAAUGUUUUAAAUAUAUAAUUAUGUUUUAUGGCAAAAAAUGCAUAGAGUCAUUUUUUAUUAGUUAGGGCUUUAUUUUUAAAAAAUUUCGAGGCAUUUGAAUUAUCCAUUACUUAUUCAGAUGAGAUGAAGCCCUCCGAUCCCAGCCACAUCUACGGCACCUCAUCAAAAAUGACUGUCCGCCGAAUCAAGCGCAUCGAAGCUCCGGUUGUUCCAGAUCUGCCAGGGAUGACAGAAUUCAGUCGAAGGUCACGCAACUUCUCAGGCGGCAGUCGAAAGUCGACCAGUACGAUAAACAUGUUGCCUGAUCUGCAUUCGUGUCACUCUAAUUCGCCAUCUUCGUCGCGAGCUGCCAGCAGUUGCGCCGACCCGGCUGGUAAGUGUGAUGACAACCCGAUCACAUCACUUGUGAAACGCGUGAAAGCAUCUGCAUAUGCCGGUUCUUCGGGGCUCAAGUGGACCUGAAGAGCGGGUCGCUUACUUUAUUUAGUGUCAUUUUCUUUAUUUUAACGUACAUUACAACCAUUCUAAUUUUCAGAUCUUGCCUCUCCCUCAUUUGAAACCGGCACAUUAAGUCGGUGUGAAAUGAGCGUUCCCAGGUCCGGAACGUUGUCCACCUUCCAGUCAAACAAUGUGUGUCUGCCUGACCGGGCAACAUCUGGGCGAAACUCGACCGGAUCCACUUCAUCUUCGCAGAACAGCUCCGGCUUCGAAAGUGGAAAGGUGAGCUUUUUUAAUAGGCAACUACUCGACAAAAACAAUAAACUAUUGAAAAAUGUUCCUAGAAUCUUUACAGUAGUUAUGAACAUGCUUGCAUAAAGAAAAGAUCAGUAAAACCACACAUUAUCCCACAUCUUAAUCAUUUUUAAAAGUAUAGUUGAACCACGAUAUAAAGUUAUAAAUGUUUUUUUAGUUUGAAAACACAGCAAUCUACAGUACCACCUCAUUUUCUUCCUACCUAAACUCAUCGCCCUUAAGGCAAAACAAUGCAAUCAACCGCCAAUUCUCAUCUACAGAUGUAUAUGCAACGUUAGAGGACAACAAUAGCUUGGAUAUCAGUGAUAUGGUAUCAAAAGGGGUACCAGACCAGGAGAUCCUAGGGGAAUGGCUACAGAAGCUGGGGAUGUCACAGUAUUUCUCGGCCUUUAUUUUACAAGGCUUUGAUGUGUCAUCGGUCUCCAAAUUAACUGCCGAGGAUUUGUCAGCACUCGGAGUGACAGAUCCACGACAUCGCAAGAUUAUUCACGCCGACAUUCAGAAUUGGUGCGUCGUGGAUGGAUGGCCACGCACUGUGACUCCGACGUCUUCUACUGUGUAAGUUUACACUUAUUUACGUUAAAGUGUAUUAAUUUGAACUUUUUGUAUGAUUAGUAGUACUAUAGUUACAAGUUUACUUUUUUAAAUUUAACUUUUUUGAAUAAAAAUAUGUCAUAAAUUAACCAAAUCUAUUCAGGGCGUGGCUAAAAGCCAUCGGGCUGAUACAAUAUGCCAGAUUAUUCGAAACAGAGGGUUAUACCACAAUGGACAAGGCCGAAGAGCUGACAUUUGAGGACCUGGAAGACAUGGGAAUUAAAAAGCUGGGCCACAUCAAACGCAUUUGUUUGGCCCUCAAAAAGCUGAAAACGUGUCGUCGGAAACAAGAAAUGGACUCAUCAUUAGCACGCCCCACCACGUCAAUGACAACUUUAAACUACCCCAGACAUCCCUCUCAGUCGUCUCUCAAUACUAAUACCCAAGAAGAAUGGAGACCCAAAGCACCAGUAUCGAGUAUCUUGUCCGAGAAUCCUCAACUUCCUCGCUCCAUCAAUGGCGACGUACUUGACGUUGGAGUGGAGCAGCUGAGUUUGUUCGACCACAAUCCACCCUCGCCAGCUCCCGAGCCCUACUCUACCCUACCUCCAUUGCCUUUAAGUGCUCGUUUGUACAAAAUUAACAGUCAGGACUUUACAAGAAACUCUACUGCGAAUCUGGCACGGUCUUCUACGUUCUGUUCCAAUCCUUCGAGUCUAUGUUAA